AAAUGGUGCUACUGACAUCAGGGCAGAGGCCAGGGAUGCUGUUAUAUGUCCCACAGCGCACAGGACAGCCCCCACAUGAAAGAAUUGUAUGGCCCAAAAUGUCAAUAGCACUAAGGUGGAGAAACCCUUGUCUGUGUGAUGUGGGCUCACACUGAUGGUUCUCAGACAUUUCAAAGUUGUAUUACACUAUCAUGAGUGCCUGGUUCCACAAUAUCCCUCAUGUCUCAUAAGGGUCAUGUAUGUACAUUUCAAAUUUAACAUGAAUUUAAAUUCACUUUGAACGGCAAAUAAUAAAAUGUAGUUCCCUUUCACACAACUGAUAAUAAGUAGAGGUAAGUGGGUGAGUGGAUUUGUUUAUCUUUCAAAACCAGGAGGGAGAUAGUGCCAUAAACCAUUCCAGAAUGUGACUGGUGGGAGGGCCAUGGUCUAGAUCAGUCACCACAGGCAUCAGGAGAGGGUGGCGUGGGACAGAUCUGGGAAGAGAGGAGGAGAUGCUUCCAAGUGAUAAGAUGAUUCUGCCAGAUGUCUCCUCAGCCCUUCCAGGGUGAACUGUAGGGUCACUGAUCUCUCUUGAGAGCCACACAAAUUCCAGACAGCUUCCUCUGGUCAGGAAUAGGCUAGCAACUUCAAACAAACACAUGUAUCUGUGUCACUGUCACAGAUUCAGUUAGCAACUUGGAAAAGCAGAUGUAUUACCUAGCAACAGCAUCCUUCUCUCUCCUCACCUUCCUCAUCCCCUGGGCUGUGGGCUGCCCUUUAACCACUUCCUGAAGAAGCAGUUUGGCAUAGUGGUUAAGAGAACAGACUCCGGGAGGUAGGACACCUGGGUCCUGAGUCCUGGCUCUACACCCUUAACUGUGACACCUAAGCUUAGGCAUAUACUUAACCUCUUAGUUUCCUCAUCUGUAAAACUUAGAUAAUAUUAGUACCUCAUACAGUCUUGGUGGGGAUUUAAUGAGGUAAUAUAUGGUUGGUGCCCAGAGCAUAACAAAAAAUAGAUGUUAGCUCUUAUUUUUUCCUACCUCCUAUUCCUUCUUCAGGGUGUCCUUUUAACCAGAUUUCACCAAUACAAAAUGUUGGCACAUCCCCCCCACCCCAACCCCAUAUACAGAUGAUCCCUAUCCCUCUCACUUUUCUCUCCUGCAAAGAAUAAUAUGAUUUGUCUUCCAAGCUCAAAUGAAGUCUGGUAUUCAAACAGCUUUUUUCUAUAUGGGAAUAGCCUGGACAUUCUAAGAAGCAGGAUGCUCAGUUCCUUAACACUGUUAAGGAACACUAACAUCUUGGCAUCUUUCUUUAAUGAACAAUUAUUCUACCUAGUUAAUUAUAAUGUUUCUUUGGAGUUUUAAUUAAAAGCGUCCCUUGAUCUGUAGAGACUAAGACGCAGUCAGCCAUUAGUAAGUGAAAUAAUUAAUCUUGCCUUCUAGAUUGCCAUCGUGGGUAGGCUGGAUAAUCAGGAUUUCCCAGCAAAUUUUCAGUUAAAUCUGAAAAACUAAAAUAAAUAAUUAAACUGGGCACAGUGCUACUGGCUUUGUCAUGAUGACAAAUUCAGCAAAUUUGCCCUAAAGCAACUCCUUUAGCAGAAAGGAGGCUAACUGAGCUGACUUCCCAGGUCCCUUCCAAAUGAAAUAAAACACACUAGCUGCACUCUCUUCUUCCAUCUUUGUUUCCUAAACUCGAAUUAUUAGAGCCUCCUUUUCUAGCAUUAUUCCAUGUCCCACCUGAGUUGCACCAUUAUUUAGUUUUCCCCAUAAAUCAACCCACUUCUUAAACUAUAUGUACAUUUGUUUAAAAGGGGAAGCUAUAUAAAGGGAAAACAUACUCAUUUCCAAAUAGAGAGUAAAUGUAAAAAAUAAAUACCAUAGAAACUAAACUUUGUAUGUUUUUUUUAAAGUAGGCUCCACACCUAAUGUGAGGUUUGAACUCACAACCCCAAGAUCAAGAGUCUCACGUUCUACUGACUGAGGCAGCCAGGCACCCCAACUUUGUAUGUUUCUCAAAACUUGUUUAAAAUAUCUUUUAAAUUAUUAAUUUAAAAUAAAAAAGAGAAAAUAUAGUAGUAACGCAUCUUAUUAACACUGUAUGAAAAACUAUGUGCUAGCUCGUUCAGCUUAAUUGCCUCAGCGACUCUGAAAAGUAAGCAUGGUCUCCACUUGUACAGAGGAUGGUGGAGACCCAGACAAGUGGAAUAAAUUGUCCGGGGUGCCGGGUGGGGUGGGCAGGGCAGGUCCCUGUGAGGCGAGAGCCCUGGAGCACCGCAGGACAGAGACACCUGGUUCACUUUCUCCAGGCCACCCUUCCAGAAAACUCUCCUCAAAUCCUGCACCAGAUGCCCCAGAAUACACAACAGUGACUCAGGUUUCCACCAAGACUUUCAGAUCUUCUAGGACAAAAGGAAAAAUUAAUACUUGCGUCAGGAAAAGUACUGCUGUUUUACAACGUUCAGCUUUCCUGUAAGUCUAGCAGAUCCUGUGCAGCUGGUUAAUGGACAGGCACAUAGGAAGCUGAGUGGAUUGGGGAUCUUUGUGACAGAAAAAGAAUGGGGCAGCAGGGGAUGAAGGUGAAGGCAGGCAGCCGCUCUGGGCAGGAGAGAUGUGAGGAAACCUGGGACCGUGAGGGAAGAGAGAGAGAAAGAGGAGAAACAGGCACUGACACCCAGGGAAGAUUCUGAGGAAAGGACAGAAAUAUGAAUCGUUUUCCAUGUGAUGUGUGAUGUCACUCCUCUUCUCCCAUGUCUACUUUUGCAUUCUUUUUCCUCAUGUGCUAAAAACAAUCACAAUAAAAUUUCAAGUGUUUAAGUUUCCAGCUCCUGAGAUGAUCCCACAUCCCUCCAGUAGCACAUGCACCGUGGGAAACCGCCUCUCACAUGCACCUGUCCACUUCUGUGGCUUUCACUUCGCCUCUAGGAUGAUGACUUGGAAAUUCGUUAUUUCCAGCAGACCUUUCCCCGAACUCCAACUCCCCACGUGACACCGCUGUUCAGAUGUCCAGUAUUUCUGCCCUUCCUACAUCACAGACGCACAGCCCACCUUUGCUGUUCCCUCCACCCAUUCCCUUCUGUGCUUUGCCCACCUGGCUUCUUGUGCUUAGAUCUCAGCUCAAAUAUACCUCCUCACAGAAGCCCUCCUGGACCAUCUUGCAAAGUAAACAUGCCUCCACCAGUGAUAUCACCCUACCAGUUACAAGACAACCACAUUCCCUAUUUCCUUCAUGGCACAUGUCACAAUGUAUACAUUUUUAUUUAUUUUGUUUACUUAUUUAUUUUGUGUCUUCAUCUAAUAAACUUCACAUGGACAGAGAUUCUGUCUUUUUUACUGAAGAGGUCUUUGCACACCGUAGGUGCCCAAUAUUUGUGAAUUUAAUGCAUGGAAUCUGUGAUGACAGACAAUAAAAGAUUCUAUGAGGAAAAUGUCUUCAGGCUUGUAUCACCAUUGAUAAGGCCACAUACUAAUAAAUAAAAUUUUACAGCACUUUACCAUUUUAAGAGCAAAUUCUUACAGCUUAUUGCUAUGGUCUGAAUGUUUGUGUCCCUCCAAAGUUCAUAUGUUGAAAUGCUAGUCCCCGAAGGUGAUAGUAUCUGUAGGUGGAGAUUUUGUGAGGUGCUCAAGUCAUGAAGGUGGAACCCUGAUGAAUGGGAUUAAUGCCUCAUAAAAGUCGCUCCAGAGAGAUCCCCGCCUCCUUCCACUGCGUGAGGACAUUGGCAGAAGGUGCUGGCUGUGAACCAGGAAGAUGUGAUCGUGCUGGCUCCUUAAUCUUGGACUUCCCAGCCUCCAGAACUCAGCUGAGUUCAAGGCUCAAGUGGAGAACACAUAGCUUCAAAAGCAGAAGGAAUCAAAGGUGCUCCCCAGCGUUGGACGCUUCCUCCACUUGAGAUGCAUACAAAGAUAGUCGGAGUCCUCUGGAGAUGUUUCUUCCUGUGGAAUCUCUACACUUCAUCCGCCCAGACCAUUUACCCUGGCAUCAAGGCUAGGGCUACUCAGCGGGCUCUGGACUAUGGCGUUCAAGCUGGGAUGGAGAUGAUUGAGCAAAUGCUUAAGGAAAAAAACAUCCCAGACUUAAAGGGUUCUGAAUCUCUGGAAUUUCUGAAGGUUGAUUAUGUGAACUACAAUUUUUCAAACAUAAAAAUCAAUGCCUUUUCAUUUCCAAAUACUUCAUUAGCCUUUGUGCCUGGGGUGGGGAUCAAGGCACUGACUAACCACGGCACCGCCAACAUCAGCACCGACUGGGAGAUCAAGUCUCCACUCUUCCAAGACACAGGAGGAGCUGAUCUGUUUCUCUCUGGGGUCUACUUCACCGGUAUCAUUGUUCUUGCCCGAAAUGACUUUGGUCACCCAAUCCUGAAGCUCCAAGAUUGCUACGCCCAAGUGAACCAUGCCCACGUCUCAUUUUCCGGAGAACUCAGUGUCCUGUACAACUCCUUCGCUGAGCCCAUGGAGAAACCCAUUUUAAAGAACUUAAAUGAAAUGCUGUGUCCUAUUAUCAUGAAUGAGGUGGAAGCCCUGAAUGCCAACCUCAGCACGAUAGAGGUUUUAACCAAGAUAGACAACUAUACUCUCCUGGAUUAUUCCCUAAUCAGUUCUCCAGAAAUUACUGAGAAUUACAUCGACCUGAAUUUGAAGGGCGUAGUCUACCCACUAGAAGACCUCACUGACCCUCCCUUCUCGCCAGCUCCUUUUGUGCUGCCGGAACGCAGUGACUCUAUGUUGUAUGUUGGAAUCUCUGAGUUUUUCUUUAAAUCUGCAUCCUUUGCUUACUUUACAGCUGGAGCCUUCAACAUCACUCUCUCCACGAAAGAGAUUUCCAACCAUUUGGUUCAAAACUCUCAAGGUGUUGGCAACGUGCUCUCCAGGAUCGCAGAGAUCUACAUCUUGUCACAGCCCUUCUUGGUACGAGUCAUGGCAACGGAGCCUCCCGUGAUCAGUUUACUACCGGGUAAUUUCACCCUGGACAUCCCUGCCUCCAUCAUGAUCCUCACCCAGUCCAAGAACUCAACUGCUGAAGCCAUCGUUUCCAUGGACUUUGUUGCCAGUACCAGUGUUGGCCUGGUUAUUUUGGGACAAAGACUGGUCUGCUCAUUGUCUCUGAACAGAUUCCGCCUCUCUUUACCAGAGUCCAAUCGCAGCAACAUUGAGGUCUUGAGGUUUGAGAAUAUUCUGUCGUCCAUUCUCCACUUUGGUAUCCUCCCACUGGCCAACGCAAAAUUGCAGCAAGGAUUUCCGCUGCCCAACCCACACAAAAUCUCCUUUGUCAAUUCAGAUAUUGAAGUUUUUGAGGGUUUCCUUUUGAUUUCCACCGACCUGAAGUAUGAAACGUCCUUAAAGCAGCAGCCAAGUUUCCAUGGUUGGGAAGGUCUGAACUUCAUAAAUGGACAGUGGAGGGGGAAGCCAGCUGCUUGAUUGCCUGUUGGGAGUCCACUCCAGGAAGUAGAUGGCCCUUAGUCCCACAGCUACUGUAAACCCGGAAGGGGCAGACAGUACACACUGGGUUGUAAGCCCUAGUGAAAUGCUUAGGCUGACAGUUUUCUUUCUCAAACCCUCAGGGAAGAGGGAGGCAAACUGGGUUAAAGAGCUAAAUCAGGGUGUGUGUCUCCACGUGUAUGGAGGGGUGGGUGUUUGGAUGUGUGUUCGUGUUUGAAUGCACAUUUGUGUGCUCCUGUGUUAAUAAGGUGCUGGGGCCAAGAGCUAGGCCUGCGCUUCUGAGGAGGUGCCUGAGAAACUGAUUUGCGUGACAGCUCCCUUGAGCUCUUUCAGCAACCCAGGGUUUCCCACACUUCCCCGCAUAUUGGAUUUUAUGUUUUAUAUUUACUGCUACUGUCCUCUUAUACACAUCUGACUCU